AUGUCAAUAUCCACAAGCGACGAUAUGGUAAGGACUGUCUUCAAUGAGGUAGCUGAACUCAAAUCUUCGGUUUUGAGAUUAGACGAACGGUUUGCUAUUCAGUUUUUACCUGCACUAAGUAAUGUAAAUGUAACCAGUUUUUUCUCUUUUGCGACUGCAGAAAAAAAACCAGCAAAGAUUUGCCAAGCAAAAUGUAAGAAAGUAAGACUGCAGUUCCGGAGCAUCACUCGCCGCUUACGAUAUGCAAUGAUUCAGGAGGCUUUGAAUGCCGUUUUUCUUUUCUUCCAAUUUAAUUUCGUUUUUGUCUUUUCUGAGGUAUCCAAUGUUAUUGACCUAUUUUCAGUCCGGUUAAAUGAUAAAAUCAUGGAACCAUCACAAGAAGACUGA